UUUGGCAGAACAGAGGUGAUUGACAACACACUGAAUCCAAACUUUGUGCGGAAGUUUUUCCUGGACUACUUCUUUGAAGAGAGGCAGAACCUCCGCUUUGACGUGUAAGUGACCAACAUCUCUGUCUCAUGCCAUCUUGGAAAUACCUACUGCUAGGCUAAAAGCCAAAUAUAAACUUUUAUUUUUAUACAUAGGACCAAUUUAUAAGUAGCUGUUUCAAGCAUUUUCUUUGCUCCCUUGUUAGUCUUUCGGAUCACAGAGUAGGCCUUUCCCCUCAGAAGAGUGUGGGAGCCACGAUGAGGGGCUGGCCAAACAUGCCUUCAGAAAGUAUUCAUACCCCUUGACUUAUUUUUUUGUGAUACAGCCUGAAUUCAAAAUGGAUAAAAAAUAAAACAAAUCACCCAUCUACACACAAUACCCCAUAAUGACAAAGUGAAAACAUGUUUUUAGAAUUUUUGGCAAAUAUAUGGAAAAUGAAAUACAGAAAUAUCUAAUUUACAUAAGGAUUCACACAUGUUAGAAUCACCUUUGGCACCGAUUACAGCUGUGAGUCUUUCUGGGUAAGUCUCUAAGAGCUUUCCACACCUGGAUUUUACAAUAUUUGUACAUUAUUCUUUUUAAAAUUCUUCAAGCUCUGUCAAGUUGAUUGUUGAUCAUUGCUAGACAGCCAUUUUCAAGUCUUGCCAUAUAUUUUCAAGCCGAUUUUCAAGUCAAGACUAACUAGGCCACUCAGGACAAUUCAAUAGUUUCCAUUAACUUGUCCAUUUUAUUUUUUUGUAGACAUUUAGAGAUUUUGCAUGGAAAAUAGAUGCGACAAUUGACUGCUAGGGUGACAUUAUACCUUUAAUGUAGUCAACAUUUUACAUUGACAUUUUAGUCAUUUAGCAGACGCUCUUAUCCAGAGCGACUUACAGUUUAGUGACUGCAUACAUUUUCAUACUGCCGAUAUGCAGUAGGGUUUGUUGGGCAGUCUGUUUUUCAUUAUGAAUUUUCUUCAAAACUCAAAAAUAUGAGCAUGGCGUUUGCAACGCCAGGGUUGUGGGUUCGAUUCCCAUGGGGGAUCGAAAAACUAACAGGUCUGUGAGAGCUGGAAUUCUUACUGGUUGGUAGGUGAUCAAAUACUUAUGUCAAGCAAUAAAAUGCAAAUUAAUUACUUAAAAAUCAUACAAUGUGAUUUCUGACAUCACGUGCCCAACGUACCUUUAAAAGUAUUUGGCAAUCACCACUUAUUCGAAACACAGAAACUAAUUUGUCGCAAAUAAAGUUUGACAAUUAUUUUUGAUGAUCUUUAGAAAAUGUCUCCUAUCUGCCGUUUCCAUUACACACGUCGCAAUUAUUUUUUUUGCGACAUUGCUUUUGUCGAAUAAACCUGGGUCAGUGGAAACCUGCAUAAUGUAAUCUUGGUUAGCAACUCCAGUGUAUAUUUGGCCUUUGUGUUUUAGGUUAUUAUCCUGCUGAAAGGUGAAUUCUUCUCCCAGUGUCUGGUGGAAAGCAGACUGAACCAGGUUUUCCUCUAGGAUUGUCUCUGUGCUUAGCUCCAUUCUGUUUCUUUUUUUAUCCUGAAAAACUCCCCAGUCCUUAACAAUUACAAGCAUACCCAUAACAUUAUGCUUGAAAAUAUGUAGUGUGGUAGUCAGUAAUGUGUUGUCUUGGAUUUGCCCCAAACAUAACAGUUAAUUGCUUGGCCACAUAUUUUGCAGUAUUACAUUAGUGCCAUGUUGUAAACAGGAUGCAUGUUUUAUUCUGUACAGGCUUCCUUCUUUUCACUAUGCCAAUUAGGUUAGUAUUGUGGAGUAACUACAAUGUUGUUGAUCCAUCCUCAGUUUUCUAUCACAGCCAUUAAACUCUGCAAUUGUUUUAAAGUCACUAUUGGCUUCAUGGUGAAAUCCCUGAGCAGUGUCCUUCCUCUCCGGCAACUGAGUUAGGAAGGACGCCUGUAUCUUUGUAGUGACUGGGUGUAUUGAUACGCCAUCCAAAGUGUAAUUAAUAACUUCACCAUGCUCAAAGGGACAUUCAAUAUCUGCUUUUUAUUUCAUUUUUACCCAUCUAUCAAUAGUUUCCCUUCUUUGUAAGGGAUUGGAAAACCUCCCUGGUCUUUGUGGUUGAAUCUGUGUUUGAAAUUCACUGCUCGACUGAGGGACCAUUCAAGGUAGUCAUUCAAAAUAAUUUUAAACACAUGCAGCUUAUUAUGCUACUUUUUUACCUCCUAAACUUAUUUAGGCUUGCCAUAACAAAGGGGUUGAAUACUUAUUGACUGAAGACAUUUCAGCUUUUCAUUUUUUAUUAAUGUGUAAGAAUUUUGAAAAACAUAAUUCCACUUUGACAUUAUGGGGUAUUGUGUGUAGGCCAGUGACACAAAAUCUCAAUAUAAUCAAUUUUAAAUUCAGGCUGUAUCACAACAAAAUGUGGAAAAAGUCAAGGGGUGUGAAUACUUCUGAAGAACAAUCCUUUUCAUGUAGCUGUCGCUAAAUCCACUUGGUUAUUCUGGUCAGCCACCCCACCUCUUAUUCCAGGUCAAUACUAGAUAAAGAUCAGUUACGUGGCAUUAUACCUUUUAAUGUAGUCAGUGAUAUGCAGUAGGGUUUUUUGGGCACUCUGUUAUUCAUUAUGAAUUUUCUUCUAAACUCAAAAUAUGAACAGUUCUGUCUGCUUUUUAAAAGUCAGAUUAUAUACAACUGCAGAAUUCUAUGAUUGAACUGGGAAAAUGAUUUUUUUCAAUAACUAAAGAUUGAAUUAUUCCCUUUAAAUUGGUUGUUAUCAAGCUAUUACUGUGUAGAGCUCUAGCUCCGACUGUUUCAGGUGCUAUUAUUUAUGCUCUGGAAAUUCAAUCAAGAAUCAAGUGCAGUUAUUCUGCACUGUGACAAAGCUCUUAGAGACGAUCAGUGUGGUUCAGGUGUUAACAAGGUCAAUAUUCAUUUUUAACAAAUGGCAAAUAAUCAAUCAGUCUACUCCAGCAUAACAGACAGAAAACUCCCAAAAUAAAUGUUCUGAACCAAUGAGCUAUUGAAUUUGACCAAGGGGAAGGUUAAGCAAGCAUCACAGCCCUGAGCCGAGGUGGAGGAUUGGCUUCAUAUCCACAGUGAAUAGGAUCCAGAGACAGUCUGCCAGUGGUAUAGUCCAACAGUCAGUGGAUGUACUAAUGUUAGUAAACAAGGAGUAUAUUCUCAACCCUUCUACCCUGUAUCCCUCCUCCCUCCUGCAGAAACAUCCCUGUAAAAUUCAAGGUUCAUUUAGAGAUAAUUAGAUUUGCUCAUUUAAUUCACAAGGAUGAAACUUAUCCAAUACCUGAACUGAUAGUGAAGGGCAUUCUUCCCUACCUCACUGACUAUUCACACGGAUAAAGUUUGUCAUUUUGAGUGAUUUAUACCUAACUAUGUUUGGUUUCUUGCAGAUACAAUGUGGACUCCAGAAGUUCGAAUAUUUCCAAAUUUGUAAGUGUCUCCUAUCACAGUAUAUAACACAUCAUGUUGUUAAUGUUAUGUUGUUAAUUAUGCCAUCGUAACCCAAUCCUGACAGUACAGAGGAAGGAUAAUUAUCAGAAGGAAGCUUGUUGUCUUUGGAUGAAUACAGUAGUCUACAAUAUUAUAUUCUAGAUUUGACCUUUGACUGUGUUCUAUUCCCUUUGUGCUCAACAAAAUACGGGAGCGCAGAAGGUUAGUAUUGAUGCACCUAGUAAAGACGUUUUGUUUUUGUUCCAAUCAAGGACAAACGUCAGCUCAAAACCAAGCAGACAUGUCAACCAUAGUCUCAUUCAGCCAUUCCCAUUAUAUCAAAAGCUCAGGUAAAGCACUUUGAGAGACGACUUCAAAGCCAGAGCUACAGUAGGCUAGUUGCUUUUUGAAACAGAAUAAUGUAGUGCAUGGCUCUCCUACCAUGUUCCUGGAGCGCUACCGUCCUGUAGCUUUUCAAACCUACCAUGUUCCUGGAGAGCUACCGUCCUGUAGCUUUUCAAUCCUACCAUGUUCCUGGAGAGCUACCGUCCUGUAGCUUUUCAAUUCUACCAUGUUCCUGGAGAGCUACCGUCCUGUAGCUUUUCAAGCCGACCAUGUUCCUGGAGAGCUACCGUCCUGUAGCUUUUCAAUCCUACCAUGUUCCUGGAGAGCUACCGUCCUGUGGCUUUUCAACCCUACCAUGUUCCUGGAGAGCUACCGUCCUGUAGCUUUUCAAUCCUACCAUGUUCCUGGAGAACAACCAACCGUCCUGUAGCUUUUCAAUCCUACCAUGUUCCUGGAGAGCUACCAACCGUCCUGUAGCUUUUCAAACCUACCAUGUUCCUGGAGAGCUACCAACCGUACUGUAGCUUUUCAAUCCUACCAUGUUCCUGGAGAGCUACCGUCCUGUAGCUUUUCAAUCCAACCCUAGUUUUAACUAAGCUGAUUCAGUUUAUUAGCCAGCUAACUAUUAGAAUCAGGUGCACUAGAUUAGGGUUGUAGUGAAAACCUACAGGACGGUAGCUCUCCAGGAACAGGAUUGGUGUGAAAACCUACAGGACGGUAGCUCUACGGGAACAGGGAUGGAGUGAACCUACAGGACGGUAGCUCUACGGGAACAGGGAUGGAGUGAACCUACAGGACGGUAGCUCUUCAGGAACAGGGUUGGAGUGAACCUACAGGACGGUAGCUCUUCAGGAACAGGGUUGGAGUGAACCUACAGGACGGUAGCUCUCCUGGAACAGGGUUGGAGUGAACCUACAGGACGGUAGCUCUCCUGGAACAGGGUUGGAGAACCCUGAUGUAGUGUGUCAGUGAGAGAACUCCCACACAGAGCUCUGUUGUUGUCCUUGUGCCAGUGUCUUUAUGUGCCUUGCCAUGUCUGUGCUUCUCAAUGUCCCCAUCUGUUUCUCUGAGUUGUGUGGGCAGAUGUAACCCCAGCUUGAAAUGGCAGUUUGUUAAAAAACACUUUGGACAACGAGAUGUAUCGGGUUUAUGAGGAUACACCUGAUAUAUAAAUAUUUGAAUGGACAAGUAUGCUUUUUUUUUUUUUACCAAAUCUCUAUUUUUGAUGUAUAUGGCAUGUUAUAGAAGUGUCCAGACACUUUUUGCGAUUUCACUUAGUUGUGAGAAACGUACCAGCCAUAUACUUCCUCAGGCUCGUUCUGCAGUAUCGGGAGAGUGAUAAAACAUUAACAAAGGCUCCAAAAACACCGAACUUUAUCCACAACGAGCAUACGCAUGCUUUCUAUCAGCACAAUAGGAACGAGAAAGCAGGCACAUGCUCGCACACGAAAAAGUACCGCUCCAGUCCAACAAAAUGGAAUAUAACAUUGUGGAUAAAGUUCGGAAUGACACAAUUUUAAUGUGUACAACAUCUAAAGACCUGCAUCACUACACUGAGAGUUUGCCCUUUCUAAAAGGACAUAUUUGAAGCUUUUGUUAAUGUUUUAUCACUGCCCCGAUACUGCAGAAUGAUCCAGAGGAAGUCUAUCGCUGGUACGUUUCUCAGUGAAAUUGCAGAAAAUGUGUCUGGACACCUCUAUAUGAUUCUAUUUACAUAAAAAAUAGAGAUUUGGUUAAAAAAACAAGUGAACUUGUUCUUUUAACCUUUUUGAUAACAAUCUGUAAAUCCAGAUUAUAAAAUGUAUAGUUUUCAUUGUCAUAAUGGCUCCAAAUGUCUUCAGCCACUUUGAAUAACUUAGGUUUCAAUCUGGCAUGUGGGAUGUCCUGGCUGUAUUACGUCUGAAAGCACUGCAUGUACCUGUACUACUGUGAACUGCCUUGCUGUUACAAACAGGGUUGGGGUCGAUUCCAUUUAAAUUUAGGAAGUACACUGAAAUUCUAACUAAAAUUCAAAUUCUCUUCUAUGCUUUUCAAUUAGGAAAAUGUGGAAUUGGAAUUUGGUUUACUUCAUGAAUUGAAAUGGAAUUGACAGCAACCCUGAUCAGACGGGUCAUAAGACUGACCCCAGGCUCUCUCCACCAGGACUUCCUGGGUCAGACUUUCUGCACUCUGGGGGAGAUCAUUGGAUCCACUGGCGGGCGGCUGGAGAACAGCCUC